AUGUCAGCUGCAGAGUCCUCGCCAACCUCCCCCGGCCCGACAGGAGUGCGCAUGGCAGCGUCUGCGGCGACCACUGCAGCUGAAUCGUUGACAGCCGCAACUACCACCGCGAACACAACGUUUACCGUAACGACCACUGGCAGUGGUUCGAAAGGGUUUCAAGUCACACACACGAGCUACCAACACUGCAGUGCUCCCUUCCGCGCCGCCUCGCCACCCAUUGCACCGGCAGAAUUCUCUGGCCCCCGGACGAGCGGUCCCCCAGGGUCUCCACUGCAGUCUCCACUACUGCCCCCGAGUGUCUAUGGAGCUGUGACACUGUCGCCGUAUUUACACAAUCGGUCCUCUUCCUCAUCCUCUGUGCAAUCUGCGGCAGCGGCCGACACGCCGCCACUUGCCCCCCGCACCACCGCUGUACCGCUCAUCACGCCGCGCUACCAAAAAAAAAGCUGCACGGCGCAUCACAUAAGCGUGACGGAUAGCUUCCCAACACAGCAGACGCCGUCAGAAGCAUUGCGGCAAGAGGCAACCGAGCGCAUGACGAUCCAAAACGGUCCGAUGCAGUACGACCAAGAGGUACACUUUCACACCUACGAUGUGUACCGCAACGGCAAGCGGCAGAUUCACGCCCGUAGUGUAGGCUACAGCAGCGAUGGCGACUUGGUAAUGAUGCGUGAGGACUACUCGGAACCAAGCGACGUGGACAACGGUUUCGUGCGCAAACGGACGGAGAUCUCGGACCCGACUGUGCUGGACCCGCGAGCGCGGCGGCCUUUGACGGAAAAGGAAAUAAACAGCAACAGGAAACUCCACCUGAACCGCGCGCGAUACAAGAAGUACCCAGGCAUUCGCGCCCCCAAAAACCGUAAGGUGCGGAACCGCCUCCUGAACGACUACUUUGCACACGAGCUGGCACGAGAGAUUCUCGUCCAGGCACAGAAGUGGCGUAAGCUGAAAGAGGACGAGGCAGAAACGACUGUGGGGCCGUCGUUUACCGACCUGCCAAAGGCGGUGAUACACGCGUUUGAUCUCGAAGGAGAGGAACAGCUGCUGGAGUUCGAGCGACUGCGCAUUCAUCCUGACGUGCUGGCGCCGCAGCUACGCAACGUCCGAGCGCCAGUGAACCCCGACUCGCCAGAGGGUCGCUUCCAGGGCCUUAACACGCGUCUGCGCGGCGAGCUGCAGCACGCCUUGAACAGCGAGUUCAUGACGCAGCAGAUCGAAGACCUCGAGGUGCACUUUUCUGACUUCAUCAAGGACAGGUCCAAGUCGCCGGAAUCGCUUGUUUUUCAUUUUCGCGACGGCUACGGUCGGCUCAUCUGCCACGGGGUGGCUGCCUACUACCUGCUAGUGUCCGAGUCUCGUACGGUUAUGGACGGGAGCGGGACGAAGCUAACGUAUGUCUCGCUCCCCCAAACGCGUCGUCACGGCGUUCGUGCCGUCAAUCCGCCGCAGGUGCCGCUCCUACUCGUGCUGAAACGAAACCGCCGAAAUUUGCCCGCCAAGCACAGUCUUUCCGCCCAGACGACGCCGUGCCUUGCGCCAACGCCAGACACGGUUGCACCGCCGCCGGAGCUGCGGCUGGAAGGCGAUAUCUUUAGCCAGAAGACCGGGGUAGACGGCGCAGAUGUGAUGUCGCCUCUUUACCUUAAUGCACCGCCAAUGCCGAGCGAAAAAUUGCAGCCGAGUAGCGACGAUGACCUUGUUGGUGAUGGAAUGGCUGCACGCGGGCACGUGGCCGGCGCUCAACAGAUGGAGAACGCCGGAAGGAACCCAACCGUAUUUUGCACCGUGCAUAUGAAGCUGCCGAUCGCUGACCCGCUUCCGAUCUACAUUCCCAUGCUGCGCUUGACGCUCGUAGUAGAGCAGCGGGAGAACACCGCAGAGCAGCUGGAUGCGGCGAGUGCUGGCGCCUCGCCGGAUUUGGGGCCGACCACGCUCGCAAUGACAGCGACUCAGCGAAAGAAGAUCCGCAAGGCGGAUAGACUGCGCUCUGCUGAGGCUUCACAGGACGACUCGUGCACCUGUCGGUGA